UUUGAUUCUUUCUAAAGUGGCCUUUCCAAAAUUCUAUCGUCACGAGACUCUCCUCCGUGGCUGCUCCCCUCCUCCAUAUUUAUAUAUCUCUCCAUCCCACUCUUUUCUAUUCUUACAUACAUACUUUCUUUACACACUCCUUUUACCGCAAAACUUGACUCUACUCCAGCCUCGUUAAAGAAAUCACAUUUUCAGGUGAUUCUUUUGUGACAAUAAAGAUGGAAGUAACUGGCGGCUAAACCUCUGGUUCUAUGGGCUUGGCAGAUAUUCAGGCAAUGCUUGGGGGGGAAACAAACUCUAGGAAAAUAGAGAGUGGUAACAUCAUAGGUGCCAGAAUCCAGCAGAACAUUAGUAGGAUCGGAAGAAGUGGCAUGGAAUCUGAAUCUGAUUGGACAAAGCAUAGAAAGUUGUCAGCCUUUACAGCUCAAGAUAUCCGUUCUGCUUGGUCUUCUAGAAUUUCCAUAAGUGAAGUAUAUCAUGAGUUUCUCUAGUCAAAAUGCUCGUUGUUGAGUUUCAUGUUGAAUAUUCCAAGUGUCAGAAUUGUGAUUUUAUAAAUGCCUGGCACUAAUUGUGGGAAAAAGAGAGUUACAGAAUUAAAGAUGUGUUUCUCAGAUGAAAUGAACCUAGAUAAUCCAGGCCAUUCGAAAAAUAUUUCUUACUUUACUUCUUCUGUUGUUGUCGAUGAUUCCUAUUCUCCCCUGUUGCCUGGAUUGCCUGAUGAUGUGGCAAAAUACUGCCUUGCUCUUGUUCCCCGAUACUAUUUUCCUGCUAUGGGUGGUGUCAACAAGCGAUGGAGAUCAUUUAUUAGAAGCAAAGAGUUCAUCAUGGUACGAAAACUAGCAUGUUUGCUUGAGGAGUGGCUUUAUGUUUUAACUGUGGAUGCUGAUGGAAAGGAAAGCCAUUGGGAGGUCUUGGAUUGUUUGGGGCAUAAACACCACCAGCUCCCACAGAUGCCUGCUCCUAUCAGAGCUGGCUUUGGUGUCGCGGUUCUCAAUGCAAAGCUGCUUGUUAUGGGUGGAUACUCCAUGAUUGAUGAGUCUGCCUCUGUUUCACCAGAAGUUUUUCAGUAUGAUUCAUGCUUGAACAGCUGGAGCAAAUUAGCCAGCAUGAAUGUGGCACGAUAUGACUUUGCUUGUGCUGAGGUGAAUGGAAUGGUGUAUGCAGUUGGAGGUAAUGGUGUGAAUGGGGAGUCUCUUUCUUGUGCUGAGGUGUAUGACCCAGACACCAACAAAUGGAGAGUGAUUGAGUCUCUUCGUCGCCCAAGGUGGGGGUGUUUUGGGUGCGGGUUUGAGGGAAAGCUGUAUGUGAUGGGUGGUCGGUCAAGUUUUACAAUAGGGAACUCGAGGUUCGUUGAUGUGUACAAUCCCGAGAGGCAGUCAUGGUGUGAGAUGAAAAACGGUUGUGUGAUGGUUACAGCUCAUGCGGUGGUGGGAAAGAAGCUGUUUUGCAUAGAGUGGAAGAACCAGCGUAAGCUUGGGAUAUUCAACCCGGAGGACAACUCGUGGAAGAUGGUUGGUGUUCCCGUGACAGGGAGUUCGAGCAUCGGCUUCAGAUUGGGGAUAUUGGAUGAGAAGCUUCUCCUGUUUUCGUUACAGGAGAAUCCCACUUACACUACGCUGUUAUAUGAUCCAAAUGCAGCUGCGGGUUCAGAAUGGCAGACUUGCGAAAUAAAGCCAUCCGGAUCGUGCCUCUGUAGUGUCACAAUCAAGGCUUAGAACUCUCUGUCUGCAGGGCACCAUGUUUCAUUAUUUAUUUCCAGAUCCCUAUUAGUAUUAGCUAUAUGGUUGCAGCUUGCUAUGAAGCUUCUGGUGUCUGUGUGCAUGGAUUGGUUUUUUAUGCUAAUUUGGAUAAACAUAUGAAGUUGUCAAGUUUUGAUUGAUUAAGUUGAACUUGUUUUUAGUUGUACCUUGUCUCAUUUCUUGUGACAUAAGAUAGAAUUGCACAC